CCCGUUUCUCGUCAGAACUGUAAACUGAAGACGGAACCCGCGAAUUCGUUGCCGAUCAAAGAUCUUCGGAGCGAGCUUGAGUCCAGACAUGGGUACUAGAGAAGUUUACGAACAGAGGCUAAGAAGUGGCAAUCUGUACCAUGAACCCACUAUGAAUCCUGGGCUCGGAUCGCCUCGUUGCCCUCGCUGUUUUUCUCUUCUUAAACCCGACCCUGAUAAAAGUGAAUGGGCCGUCAAUCCUGUUCUCCACGAUGUUACUGCUGUGGCAGGAUCCGGUCUUGGUGGGUUGCUGAGUGCAGUUCAUGCCUAUAAUACAGGGAUCCCACACCUCCAGAGUUAUGUGAAGGGACCAAAGUGGCUUCCUUUUGUAAUUGGGGUGCCCGCCCUAUUAUUGUGCUCGAGUGCUGGAGCUACAUUUGGAGCCCACUUUAAUUUGGCCGGCCCAUUAAAGGAAGCAAUACUCAAAAACCCUAGUGUUGUCACUAUAUAAAUCCCCAAUACCUAGGGUUUCUUCCAUUUUGUGAGAGAGUGUGAGAGAAAGCUUCAUCCUGCUCCAAUCAUGCCGGCCGGCCAUGGACUUCGAUCUCGUACCAGAGACCUCUUCGCCAGGCCUUUCAGGAAGAAGGGUUAUAUUGCUUUGACUACCUACUUGAGGACAUACAAAAUUGGCGAUUAUGUCGAUAUCAAGGUGAACGGCGCCGUCUUCUUCUUCUUCUUCUUCUUCUUCUUCUUCUUCUUCUUCUUUCUUUCUAUUCUAUUUAUCAUUUCUUUGCUAUAUCAUAUCAUAUGUUAUUAUGUGACGUUUUGGGUAUUAUGCUAAUUCCUAUUUCCUUUUCUUUUAGACUACUUUGUGACUAAUAAAAAGUUUCUUCCUUAAUUUUCAAAUUCAUAUAAAUUAAUUUUUUUAUCUUUUUCAACCGGAUUUGAAUUUAAAGUUUAAAAGUUUGGAUCAAUUCAACCCAAUUUGAAUCUAUAUUAUUAUUUUUAUGAUAUCCUUUUAAGUUUGUAAAUAUCGAUUGCAAAAUUUUAGUUAUUAUUACUUGUUGUAAACAAAUUUAAGGAUUUUAAGUAAAUAAAAAAUAAGAGAAAAAA